AUGUCGUCUUCAAUAGAUAACUCGUUGAGACAAAUAGGAGGUAUUCCGUUGUUUUCUAUGUUGCCAGAGGCGGGACUGUCUCUGGCUCAGGGUAGUAAUACCAACAACGGUAAUAAUACCACUACUACCACUUCUACCACAAGAAUAAUUAAUAAUCUCCAAAAUAAUGAAAUUCCGCAAGCGGUCAAUGAAAACAAACCUGCUCCUGUAUCGAUAGUAUUUCAACCUCAACCAUAUGAAUCAAAUCGAGAUAUUAAUCCGAUUUCGAUUCUCAAUACACUACAACAUAAAUUGAAAUCAAACACGCCUCCGCGUUAUGAUUUUACUAUGGCCACACCAAAUGGAGGAUUUUAUGCUACCCUCGAGGUUUUUGGACGAACCUUUCAAACUCAAGUUAUACGAGUAAAAAAGCAAGAAGCUAAAGAAGAAGUUGCCGCUCUUGCUGUCGAACACAUGAAUGCUCUAGUACCUGGAUUAGUCGAGGAGGUUCGAAAAGAGCUGGAUAAGGCCGCAAAAGCAAAUGCAAAACGAAGUCAAUCAAAUUUGAAUCGUACAGUUCGCCGUAAAUGGAAAGGUUUUAAUAAAGAUGACGGUAUUCCUAAAUCCUUGAUUUGGUUAAAUAAACAUCGUGAACCUGGACAACCUCUUAAACGUCCUUCUGUUUUGCUUCUCGAGUUUUGCCAAUUUCAUCAUAUCGAUCGUCCUGUCUACACUCAUGAAACUGAUGCCUCAAAUCGAUUUAUGUUCUCGGUCAAAAUUGGCGAACGUAAUUUCCGUCCAACUUUGGCAUUUUGGAAUAAGAAUGAUGCAAAAGAUCACGUUGCUCAAAUUGCCUUCGAUCACAUUUACAGAGAGCAACUGGAAAUUGAAACCAAGAAUAUUGGGAAUGAUUCAUUACAAAGUCAAGAAGUUUUAUAUCAGCCACUCCCAAUUCGACAAAAUGAGGGAGUUCCUAUUCAAUAUCCUUCAUUUUCUGUCGGUGCUAAUACUAGCGGACCACCUUCACCUAAUCCAGAAAAUGUUGAAACAACACAAGUAAACGACAGUUCGCAUUCUAACGACGAAAAAUCAAGUGGACAUGAAAUACUAUUUCAUCCGACCGUAAUCGCAAAUCAACUUGGACCACCACCGAAAAGCGAAAUUAUGGAGAAGCUUACCAGUAAUCAAACGAAUCUCCCUUAUCAACCCAAUUCUGGAUAUAUGCAAAUUAUGACAACGUUACCUCCACAACCAGCAAACAACUUUUUUAAUCCGUACACUCACUUUCACCAUCCAUACAUCAAUCCCACGGCUUACAGUGUUGUUCCUAUGAAUCCACCUCCUGUCCAAACCGACUAUAAAAGAUACGUGAGCAGACUCUAUGAACUCGCUCAGUCUAAGAAGUGGGAACCCCCAGUGUACAGUUAUACAAAUGUAUACGGUGGGUUCAUUGGUGAAGUAGUGAUAUGUGAUAAAAGCUUCCGAGGUACUAAGGCAUGUGCACGAAAAGCAGAUGCUAAAGAGGAUGUAUCUGAGCACGCAUGGAAAUAUUAUGCAGACAAUCCCCACGCAUCAUAA